GGGGGGGCAGCAUAGAAGGGCAGCGCCGUUGUUCGAGAGCUGCUGCUGCUGCGGGCCGAAGCACACGGCGACCACCGGGCAACCUGACGUGCACACCUUUGUGUGUCUACCUCAGGUCUGAUGAGCGGCCUGUCAGAAGCUGCGGAGAUGCAGACUCCAGCUCUUGGCGCCCAGUUCCCAGCGGCGGGGCCCCUGGGUAAGGUGACUGGCAGGAAGAGGGGGCGGCCCCCCAGCCGAAAGAUAGACUUUCAGGACCUUUACGUGGCAUCUCUGUCGGCCCUCAAGAUGCCUAAGAGGAGAGGAAGGAAGCCCGGCUUUAAGCUGAAACCGAGGAUGGUGAUGUCCCCUCUAGCUCGCUCACCUCCCAGCAGCACACCAGAACCAGAGCUGGGCUCCCUCCCACAGGACGCCGCCAUCGUGCCACACUCAGCAACGCCACAGGUCCUGACAGCAGAAACAUCUGUGCCUGACGACUUCUUGUGUGACCCCUCGCUGGACACCAAACGCUACAACUCCACUUUUGGGGCGCUGACAUCGCCGUACAACCCUAAACACAGAUACCGCGGAAACAGUAGUGGGUGUGCGACACCUUUGGGCUUGUGCAGACAGGCAUCCAGCCCUGGAAGGUUCCAGGAGGGCAACAGGCACGGCCACGCUUACAGUGCCGUGGCCGAGGCGGUAGACCGUCCUGCGGGGAAAGACCCGUCCAGCUGGGGCGUAGAUGAGGUUGUCUGGUUCAUCAAAGACGCAGACCCUCAGGCUCUGGGACCUCACGCCGAGACCUUCAGGAAACACGAGAUAGAUGGCGACGCCUUGCUGCUGCUGAAGAGUGAGAUGAUGAUGAAGUAUUUAGGACUGAAGCUGGGCCCGGCUCUCAAACUAUGCUACCACAUAGACCGGCUCAAACAGAACCGCUUGUGAUCCUGCCAACGCCUUUUGACUGUGCUACGUUGAGUUGUCAUCUAUGCCAGACAUCUACCGGGGGUCCAAACAGCUGGCAGCUACAGUAGAAGUGACUCUUCUGUACACAACCAACUUACUGUAUCUUAUUUUUAGCUGCACUUCAACAACACUGGUGGCAAACAGCUGCAGCAGCUCACGUUUAUCAUAUCUCCUCAAGCGAGAAUGCAACUGAAAUGAAACGUACGACUCAAACUGUACACAGGCUACUCUAAAGCAUUUUAAAGUUUCAUUGAGAAAAAAAAUACUGUAGUAAAAAUGACACUUUUGUGACUGUACACAGAGCAAAAUCUGCUCAUGGUGCAUAUACCUCAGUAUGAAUAAGACACGACGGCCCUGCUGUAGUUUUGCUUUUGUCAUUAUGAUUUUGAAAGGAAAAAGCAGCAUGUAGCAAAGUUAUCCAACUUCCUGUCACUGCCUCUUGUACAUUUUAAUGACAGCACUAUGACACUUAAAAAUUAAUUAUAUGAUUACUGUUGACUUAACAGAUAUUGAAACAGUGUUUUUUUAAAAUUACAAUUGAUAUGUUAAUUCAUUUCAAGGAAAUUUAUUUCGAAUUGAGAUCAUGCUUGUAAAUGCAAUAACGAAUCAAUAAUUUGUCAAUGUAUGUGUUUUCGCCACUUUUUUUGCCCCACGUUGAAACUUUUGUAAAAUAUUAACGUCUUUUGAUUACAUGCCAUUAAUUGAAGUAAUGG